ACGGUGCCGGUAGGGAGCCGGGAUAGCGAAGCUACGCGCGCGCUCACAGACGCGCCUGCAGCGUGGAUUCGUUGCUACUGCUGUUCGUGCAUUCCGUCGCCGCCGGCGAAGCAGCGGAGGACGGGGAAGGAUACGAUCGUACGACCACGACACGGCGCCGGCAGUGUAACCUUCACCGAACGACUUCGGCUCGCAUCCCGGGCGACUACGAGGCGACGACGAGGCGGUCGCCGGGAUAGGCAGUAAAGCUGGCUGCUCGCUGAAGGGAAAACCACACCGACACUCUACGGAGAUCCAUGGAUCAACGAUUACAGCUGUAUGCUCGGGACAACGACCUGCCUUAAGUGGUGCAGAAGUAAAAAGCUUCAUCAAAGAGCGCCUUAACCCACCGGAAGAGCCAGAAAAGGUGCGGUUGGCCUGGCGCGCAUCUCCAAGAACCACUGCACCGCCGAGCACAUCUGCGACAGUCACAGCGCGUCGACCUCCUCAGCUGCAAGGUUUGCCCCUGUAGGCCGUAGGGAAGUGAAUAGAUAAAUCAAUAAAAACAAGAGGCGUACCCCGAGGACGAAGGUAAACAAGUCUUACUGCUCGCAAGGCUUCUUUCAAGAGCGCAGACAGGCCGAGUCGCCUUCGAACCUCGUCUGAGCACGGACUUCGAACCACCUGAGGGAGUAUCACCGCCGAGAGUAUCCUCUGCUGUCAAGAAGAGGGGUCACGCCGUCGUACCGUCUAGGGUGACGGGCCUUUUCCGGUUGCCUUCGCCUGGCACGUUCAGCGGUGCGCCCCAGUUCUGACGGCCCCCGAGGGCGUUCGCGGCGCGACGCGUGAAAAGUGGAUGCUUCCGACCUUGUUCGGCGAAGUACGCCGCUGCGACUACUGGUCCGAGCACGAGGCCGUCCACCGCGACAACUGGGCUUCCAGCGAGUACUCCUGGCUCGUCUGUAAACAGAUAAAAUGCUGCAUAUGCUGAAGGGUCGCCGGCUGCCCUGCCUGAAGGCCGUCCUAUCUCGCUGCUCUUCGGAGCUGCGCUCUGCGAGGCACAAGACCAUCGCCAUCCGGCGCGAAGAUGCGUCGCUCUGGGAACGUCGUGCCCCCCUGGCGCCCCACCAUGUGCGAGCGCUCGCCAAGAGCGGCGUCAAGGUCUACGUGCAGCCUUCCAACAGGAGGGCCUACCCGAUUCAGGCUUACGUGAACGCCGGCGCGGAGGUUCGCGAGGACAUCAGCGAUGUGCCGGUCAUCAUCGGCGUCAAGCAGGUGCCCAUCGACCAGCUGCACCCGAACAAGACGUACGUGUUCUUCUCGCACACCAUCAAGGCGCAGGAGGCCAACAUGCCCAUGCUGGACGUCAUCCUGGAGCGCAACAUCCGCCUCAUCGACUACGAGCGCAUGUGCGACGAGAACGGCUCGCGCGUCGUCGCCUUCGGCAAGUACGCCGGGAAGGCCGGCAUGAUCAACAUCCUCCACGGGCUCGGCCUGCGACUGCUCGCCCUGGGUCACCACACGCCGUUCAUGCACAUCGGCCCGGCGCACAACUACCGCAACAGCGGCAUGGCCAAGCAGGCUGUGCGCGAUGCCGGCUACGAGAUCGCGCUCGCCAUGAUGCCCCGGUCCAUCGGGCCGCUCACGUUCGUCUUCACCGGAUCCGGAAACGUCUCGCAGGGUGCGCAAGAUAUCUUCGAAUCCCUUCCAUGCGAGUGGGUCGAUCCGAGGGACCUACGUGAAGUGUGCGAGCAAGGCACCAUCACCAAGGUCUAUGGCGCCGUGGUCAGCCGGGACGACCAUUACCGAAGGAUCGAGGAUGACCACUAUGACCCCGAAGAGUGCGACCAGUUCCCCGAGCGCUAUUACUCCACCUUUUCCAAGGACAUCGCGCCGUACGCGUCGGUGAUCGUGAACGGCAUCUACUGGGCGGUCAACUCCCCCAAGUUGCUGACCAUUCCGGACGCCAAGCGGCUGCUGCAGCCCACCAACACUCCGUGGCUCCCGAGCAGCGCCGGCGGGCCGUCCCUGCCUCACCGGCUGCUCGCCAUCUGCGACAUCAGCGCCGACCCCGGUGGCUCCAUCGAGUUCAUGAACGAGUGCACCACCAUCGACGCGCCGUUCUGCCUCUACGACGCCGACCAACACAAGAACACCGAGAGCUUCGCAGGCCCCGGCGUUCUCGUGUGCUCCAUUGACAACAUGCCGACGCAGCUGCCUUUGGAAGCGACCGACUACUUCGGGAAGCUGCUCAUGCCCUACAUCAACGACAUCAUGGCCUCCGACGCGACAAAGCCGCUGUCUCAACACCGAAUGUCACCUGUCGUCGAAGGGGCAGUCAUCGCCAGCAACGGAAAGCUGACGCCCAACUACGAGUACAUAGAGGACCUGCGCAACACGUCGAGGUCCAUGAAGAAGGCGCAGAGUGCGACGGCUGCGAAGAUGAAGAAGGUGCUGGUGCUGGGCGCGGGCUACGUGUCGGCGCCUCUGGUAGAGUACCUGACGAGGGACGACUCCGUGCACGUCGUCAUCGGAACGGCAUUCCAGAAGGAAGGCGAGGCUUUGGCCAUCAAGUCACCGAACACCGAGUCCGUGGUCGUCGACGUGACGAAGACUCCGGACGCGAUACAGAACCUCAUCAAGGACGCCGAUUUAGUGGUCAGCUUGCUGCCAUACCCGCUACACCCAACGAUAGCCGAAUACUGCAUCGCACACAAGACAAACAUGGUGACCGCCAGCUACCUCACCCCGGAGAUGAAAGAACUGCACAGCGCAGCCGCUGACGCGAACAUCACGGUCAUGAACGAAGUCGGUCUCGACCCUGGCAUCGACCACCUUCUGGCCAUGGAGUGCUUCGACGAAGUACGCAGAAAGGGAGGCAAGGUCGUAUCCUUCGUGUCCUACUGUGGUGGGCUGCCGGCCCCGGAACACGCCAACAACCCGCUUCGAUACAAGAUCAGCUGGAAUCCACGAAGCGCCUUUGUCAAUUGCAUGGGACCGGCUCGAUAUCUCGAAAACGGCAAGGAGGUGGAAAUAGCUCCCGGUAGUCUGCUGGACAACGCCCAGCGCGUUCCCUUCCUGCCGGGCUUCAACCUUGAGGGAUACCCGAACAGAGACUCGCUUGUCUACAAGAACACCUACGGUAUCAACAACGCCCACACCGUGCUUCGCGGUACGCUCAGAUACAAGGGAUUCUCAAGCGCCAUGAAAGGGCUUCAGCUUCUCGGACUUCUAGGUACCGAGCCUCACCCCAGCCUGCACCCGAGGGGACCGGAGAUCACUUGGCGCCUGUUCAUGACGACGCUGAUGGGCCAACCGGACAAUCUGCUCACCUCCAACAUCAAGAAUCUCAUCUACGACCGGGUGGACAAGUGCGAGUUCAGGACGAAAGCCAUUGAAGAUCUGGGCCUCCUCGAUGACAUACCGGUUGAGAAGAAAAACACACCCCUGGACACGCUCAUCUUCCACCUGUCCAACAGGCUUGCAUACGAACCUGGCGAGCGGGAUAUAGUCAUAAUGAGGCACGACAUCGGGAUCCAGUGGCACGAUGAAAAGAAGGAAAUGAGGCACGUCGACAUGGUGACCUACGGAGACCCCAACGGCUACUCUGCGAUGGCGAAGACCGUCGGCUACCCGGCUGCCAUUGCUGCCAAGAUGAUUUUGCAGGGCGAGAUCCAAGCCAAGGGCAUGGUGCUUCCGUUCGCACAGGAGAUCUACGGGCCAAUGAUCCAGCGACUCAAGAACGAAGGCAUUCGAUCCUCGGAGACGACCACGAAGAACUACCCCUAGCGUGUGCAACCGCACCGUCCCUUGCAGAGUGACGUUGGUUAAGGUGGACUCGCACCACGUGAAAAAUCGCUGAAUCAUUCCGCGGAGCGAGAGUGGCGUGGCUCAACGCAGGGCGUCAAGACCUUCGCAGACAAGCGGAUUGCGGUGGGUUUCAGCGCGCAGGGCCACGUAACGCUCCGUCCUCGAAAUGAAUCGGCAGUUUCGUACGUCGCGUGAAUGUGUUGCCUUCAAGAAGCGGUUUCGGCUUCAAACUUCAGUGCCGUCGCGUUAUGUGCGACCAGGCACGAAAGAGACGCGAUUCGUGUUGAGUCGAGACGUCGGGAACUGCCCAGACUCCGGAGUCAUCGAAGUCGCAGCAGAGUGCAACGGGUCUUCCGCAGCCUUCACUGCCCUGCUUCCAUGUACAUAGACGUUGCCGCGCUUUUUGCGCCCAGCCAACGUGACCAUUUUUUUUACCGUUUUAAAAAUCGCUCAAUAAAAAAUUCAGAACCUAAA